UACCCCCUGGGGGGAUAUUUUGUGCAUAGGACUGUCAUAACCAUCAUGGUCAUAACCCUUGUUCUAUGAUCAUAACAUUGGGCAUUAGGUAACUGCUCCCUUUGGAAAUGGCUUCGAUUUUAAGGCAACUUAGCAGAGCCCUACGGGCCCCUACUGCCAACAAAACGGUUGGCGGCUCCCUGGCUAGACUGCAGAGCAGUGAGGCAGCUGCGGCCGCGCAGGAAACCCGGCCUACUGUACGGAAGUCGGACCCCGUUCAAAGGUCCCAACUGAAGGACUUUGGCAAGUAUGUGGCCGAUUGCCUGCCCAAGUACGUGGAAACCGCGCAAAUCACCCAUGGCGAUGAGCUGGAGCUGCUGAUCAGCCCGGAUGGGGUCGUGCCGGUUCUGCAAUUCCUCAAAGACCACCACAAUUGCCAGUUUACCAAUCUGUCUGACAUUGCUGGCAUGGACGUUCCAUCUAGAACUUACAGAUUUGAGUUAAUCUACAAUCUGCUGUCGCUCCGUUUCAAUUCCCGAAUUCGCGUGAAAACCUACACAGACGAGCUGACACCCGUGGACUCUUGCGACGAAGUCUUCAAAGCGGCCAACUGGUACGAACGUGAGAUUUGGGACAUGUAUGGAGUUUUCUUUGCCAAUCAUCCAGACCUCAGGCGAAUUUUGACUGACUACGGCUUCGAAGGCCAUCCAUUCAGGAAGGACUUUCCGCUCAGCGGCUAUGUUGAGGUGCGGUACGAUGACGAGAAGAAGCGCGUGGUUGUGGAGCCGCUGGAGCUGGCGCAAGAGUUCCGCAAAUUCGAGCUAUCGGCGCCUUGGGAACAGUUCCCAAAGUUCAGAAAGGCCCUGCCGGUAGCUGAGGAGAUACCCGCCGAUAAAAAGGAGCAAUAGAAAGUGUUGUGUGUUCUUGUAAUAGCAUAUAAACUGUAUUAUAUUGCGGUCGUACUGGCUAGCAAA